UUGUGCAGAAUGCGUGUGUCACGAAUUCACUGGACCCGAAAGAGAUGAAAACUAGCAAAUUAAGUAAAGAAUUGAAAGAAUUAUAAGUUUCAUCACAAAUCAUUUCCCCUUGCUCAGUGUACCAUAUACUUCGGAUAUAUAGGAAUCAUAUUUGUAUAAUUUGUUUCAUUUUAAAGUUGUAAUCCUGCUGUUGUCAUAACAUUCACAAAAUGCAGCAUUGUGUGGGAGGAACGGCGAGUAUUGUAAGAUCACUGGUAUGCAUAGGAUGUCUCCUACUUGUUCAGAAAACACAUGCUUACCGAGGUGAUUCGUACUCCAAUGAUGAGUCAUUUUCUUUUACUAAGAAUGAAAACUUGGAUGAAAAGAAACCGAAACUUUACUCCAUUCAUAAAGACAACAAAGACAGAGUUGAUAGUGAAUCGGCGGAGGAUGAUAAAGUUUCGAACUACGAUUUUUAUAAACCUCUGAAUCAAAGAAAAAAAGAAAGAAAAUAUUAUGUGGAAGGCGAUGAGAUAGUACACAAGGAACAUGCUGAGCCAACCGAUGAUUUAUCACCUUAUUUGAUAUACAAGAAUCAAAGACAGAAAUGGCUGAAAGAGAAAGAUUCCAAUGUCGAAUCUACUGAUAAAGAGAGUUAUGGGUAUGGCAAUGACGAGGAUGUGAAAGAGCAACCAAGAUAUGGCUUCCAUCCAGAUGAAUCAUACGAGGUAACAAAACCAAAGAAUCCAAGUCAUGAUUCUUCAUGGAAUGAUGGUACCAGUGCACGUUAUAAAGAAUUAACAAACGAAAAGUAUCCGUUAAAAAGUUGGAAACAGCCUUAUGAAAAAUCACCUUACAAACACAGCGAGGAUGAAUAUGAAUUGAAGACUUCGUAUCCAAAAGUUUACAAAGCCAUUGAUGAAUAUUCUACCGAUAUUAAGGAUUCGAAUCCUAAAGCAUGGAAUUCGCACGAGGGUUCACCACCAUUGAAUGAUUAUAAAAUUAAAACUGAAUAUAAAAAAGAAGGAUUGCUCAGAGAUGUUAAUAAAUAUGAAAGCGUCAAUAAUAAAGAAUUGCAUGGAAUUCAAAAUGAAUACAAACAUCCAUACUCUGAGCACCAAUAUGCAACCAAGGAAAAUUAUUAUAGCAAGCCGGAGUUAAUUAAUGAAGACAAAAAGGGAUACAGUCAAAAUUAUUAUAGUAAGCCACAGUUAAUUAAUGAAGACAAAAAGGAAUACAAUCAAAAUUAUUAUAGUAAGCCACAGUUAAUUAAUGAAGACAAAAAGGAAUACAAACAUGAGUAUUUGCAUCCAUCUAAAGAAGAGAAACAACCGGCAGUUGCUGGAUUGCUCCAUGAUAAAUUAGGAGAUGAAGACGAUUUCGGGAAAUAUUUGAAAUCAGAAUAUCUUAAAAUCCGCCCAUUUACAACUUCAAAAUUUAAUCAUGGAGGUCAUAUUUAUGGAUGGUCAUAUAAACCAUAUGAAUAUCUGCAUCAGAAAUAUCUAGCCGACCUCGAUAUUAAGAAAAAAUUCCUGCAGGAACACGAAAAGAAAUUUGCUGAGAUGCAAAAGAAACACAUGGAAUCCUUCAAAAAGUUUAUGAAUAAGGAAUUCUUAGGCGCAAAACACAAAUAUCCAGAAUUCAGAAUCCCAGCGAUUGAUGCAAUGCACAGCAAACCAAAUCAUCAAACAGAUUCUCAUAAGCAUUAUGACAGUGAGCCGUUAAAACAUGACGUAUCUUCCGAAACCCAUCAUUACAACCACCCUUAAACCAAACUGUUAUUAAAGCUGCAUAGGACAUGGGCACUUUUUUCUACUUUGCUUCAUCAUAAGGUCAUUUCAAAUGGGUAGUAUUAGAAGUAGGUUAAUUGAGGGGCGAAAAACUGGGAACUGAAUGGUUGUGAUAUUGUUGCUAUACAUAGAUUCAUAAACUUUUCCUAUGUCAUUACAGUGAACUCCUAUUUCCAACGGAAUUAGAUAACUUAGCAAUUCCAUGGAUAAUCUGCAAAGUACUGAAAAACAAUUCCUUGGAUAAUCAACAAAAUAACCGAAAAAGAACACAAAUAAACACGAAAAUUUUUAUUUAUAGUAAGAGAUA